AUGGAGAUGACCUCUACAAUUGCUGCCAGGCCUGCUAGUCUGCAGGAUCCACACACCAUGCAGGCUGUGGAGGCCUGUGGGGAUAGGGGACAAGGUCUCAAGGGACCCACCCACAGUGGGAGUAUGAAGAGAAUCAGGACCCCAAAGACUCAAAGACUGAGGGCCAGGGUGGGCCAGGUUGCUGCCCAGGAGGGCCCAAGGUCUCAUUCACCUCCCGUAAAAAGUGAAAUAAUACUGAUGUGGGAGGAAAAGAAUCAGACUUUUACUAGAGAUUUCAUCCUUCUGGGACUAUUGUAUCCAAACCAGUACGGACUACUGUUCUUAAUGCUUAUUCUCAUCAUUUUUAUGGUGGCAAUCAUGGGGAGCACAGUCUUGAUUUUUCUUAUCUGCCUCAACACCCAGCUCCACAUUCCAAUGUACUUCCUCCUCAGCCAUCUCUCCUACAUGGAUAUCUUGCACAUCUCCAACAUCAUUCCCAAGAUGACUUUCCUAUCUGGCUGGCAGCCCAUCACAUUUGCAGAUUGUGGGUUCCAGAUCUUCCUCUCCCUCAUAUUUUUGGUUGCUAAAUGCUUUCUUUUCAAGGCCAUGUCCUAUGAUAGCUAUGUAGCCAUCUGGCGCCCACUGCAUUAUCUCACCCUCAUGAACCAUCAGAUCAGUGUCCUCAUGGCUGCUAGCUGCUGGCUUGCAGGAACCAUCAACUCUAAAAUUCACACAGCUUACACACUGCAACCCCCUUUUUGUGGCACAAGGAGCAUUGACCACUUUUUCUGUGAAAUCCCAGCCAUGUUGAAACUCUCCUGUGUUGACACAUCACACUACAAAGGAAGAGUCUAUGUGAGUGCUGUGUUCUUCCUCCUAAUUCCUUUUUCCAUCAUUCUUGCCUCUUAUGAUCAGAUUCUCCAUACUGUGCUUCACAUUAAAUUUGUGGAGGCCCAGAAAAAAAGUCUUUCCACUUGUUCCUCCCAUCUGACUGUGGUUGUCAUGUACUAUGGGCCAUUUGUCUUUACAUACAUGAGGCCAAAGUCCUAUCAAACUCCUGGUCAGGACAAGGUCUUAGCCAUCUUCUAUACCAUUCUUACUCCCAUGCUCAACCUUGCCAUACCAUACUGGGCAGGCAUGUGCCAGUGCCUCCCAUGUCACACAAUCAAUUCCAAGUUCUUAAGAGAGAACUUUUGCAUAUCCUCCUAUCACUUCCUCUGA